AUGGCCGCGUCUCUUGUCCUUCUCGUCUCUCUCCUGUCCGUCCUCAUCCAGGCAGAGAAGCCCGGGAUUCGGUACCAAUACGAAGACACGCUGCGUGACACUCUGGAUAGCCAGCCGCCCAUUAUUGUCGACAAUAACGUCGAUACCAAUGUAUGGGACGCCAUGCGGGACGAAGAAUCUGCGUUUUUACGUGAUUCUAUCGAGGAACAGGGAGCUAGAGAGGUGGGAAGUGUGGUACUGACUGCAUCGCCGUCUUUGCUGGAAGACGGAGAGGAUUUGGUGGUCUCCUGGAGUGGUGUGAAGCGUCCCCAUGCUACGGACUUUGUAGGGCUCAGCUGCGGUCCGCAAGCUCAUGAAGCUGAUUUUCUAGCCAAGGCUCACGUUACAGUGGGCAAGGGGACAGGGGUGGAUGGUCAGGAGCAGUCUAAUACUGUCCGCUUCUCGUCGCUGUACAUGAUGCGGUGCAAUUACACUGUCGAGUACUUUAACUUUCAGCCUCAAGGCAACGUCUAUGCUCGGCUUGCAAAACUGCAAGUUGGAAUGGUUGAGGCGUUCACUGCUCCCAAGCAAGGACACGUUGCAUUUACUGAGAACGAGGACGAGAUGUCGGUGAUGUUCAACUCGGCGUCUCAAGAGAUUCCAGUGGUCAAGUACGGUCUCUUCGCUUCUGCUUUGGAUCAGCAGGCAGAGGGCAAGUCGAAGACGUACACUGCUGCGCACUUGUGCAGUCACCCAGCGAACCAUAGUAGUCAGCAGUGGUUUCGAGACCCUGGCUACAUGCAUCGAGUUGUUUUGAAAGGACUGAACUUGGGGACGAGAUACUUUUACAAGUUUGGCAGCGACAAAGAUGGCUGGAGUUCGGUGUAUUCGUUCAUGAGUCGACCGGAUGCAUCUGUGAAAAGCGCCAAGUUUAUCGCAUAUGCCGAUAUGGGUGUGGAUUCUGCACCUGCGGCGAUUUCGACGGCUGCGCGUUCGUAUCAAGAUGUUGUGGGCGGUGGGUACGACAGCUUUCUCUUGCACUUCGGCGAUGUCAGCUACGCUCGGGGCCAUGCACACAUAUGGGACGAGUUUUUUCACGUCAUUGAGCCACAUGCUACUCGUGUGCCAUACAUGGUGAGCAUUGGCAACCACGAAUACGAUUACAUGACGGGUGGAGCUAACGAUCCAAGCGGGGCUACGGGGAUAGAUGGACGAAUGGGCUUUCACCCCGACUGGGCUAACUAUGGCGACGAUUCGUCAGGCGAAUGUUCGGUGCCAAUGUUCUACCGCUGGGAUGCCCCUGCCAAUGGCAAUAGCAUCUACUGGUACUCAUUUGAUUAUGGUGGGAUCCAUGUCGUCCAAGUUUCAUCAGAGCACGACUGGCGCCGCGGAUCGAAGCAGUACAAGUGGCUUGAAAACGACUUGGAGAGUGUGGACCGCACGAAGACACCAUGGGUCGUUCUUACGUCUCAUCGAAUGAUGUACACAACCCAGCUCGGCGAGGAAGCCGACUACAAGGUGGCUCAGCACUUUCGUGAUGAGGUCGAAGGUCUGCUUUGGGAUCACAAGGUCGAUCUCAUGUUGGUGGGCCACCAACACUCAUACGAACGCAGCUGUGCAGUGCGCAACGGGAAGUGUACCGAGGACGGUCAGGGACCCGUUCACAUUGUAAUUGGCUCUGCAGGCGCUGGACUGGAGCAGCAAGGCUUUUCGAACAAGUUGGGCGAGUGGAGCAUGAGUCACGUGAACGACUGGGGCUAUCUCCGUGUUGAUUCUACCGAGGAGUCUAUGCGUGUGCAGUUUGUUCUCAAUCGCAACGGUGUUGUCUACGACGAGGUCAGGUUGACCCCGUGGAAGUAA